CUUAUAUGUAAAUAUACCAUAGUUGCGCUCUGACAUGUAAAAGUAAUAAUGGCGGUGAUUGUGGCGCUCUUCGUCUUGGCAUUGAUCUGGAUUCCUGUGAGUGCUGUGAGCUUGUCAUGUUCAUGUCACCAAAAUUGGACCCAUGUCUUAACGACGGACGCGAAUGGUGUGGUCACAUUUGGUUCCAAGACUGACCUUAUCUCCGCGGCCAUGACCGGAAGUGACGUCAGAAUAUAUAUGCGUUUGUGGGUCAACUACUACACGAGCGUCCAAAAUCUCCAUACAGUCGGGGACAACAUCUGCGGACAGGCCUUGUUUCACAUCGGCAAAGCGACAUGGCGAACGUUCCAGGAUAACGCGUACUGGUGGUUCCUAAACGUCUGUACGACGGGAAGUGUUCAGAUGAUGCGUUAUUACGUCGGCAAACACGUUUCAGUCAGCACAAACGUCGGUACCUAUCAAAUGAAGUGGUUUGUGAGGGGUAGCGGGCCAACGGUAUAUAAACACACGAGCAGCGGAACAUCACUCAGUGGAGAUGUGAGGGACGUCAUCACUGACGUGAGCCAUGGCGCUGACGUUCGCGGAGUGGUGGAGAGCUUGGCUUACACGACAAAAAUGGAUAACGUGCAGAUUUCGGAUACCGGUGACCUAGUUGUUGGCCAAGCCGUGUGGCAUGUCAGUCAAAAGUUCACGCCUCCCAAUAUUGAGUUCCAGGGUAACGACUAUUGGUGGUUCAGUAAUUUCGCCACUGACGGAGACCACCAAUUGUCCAAGUGGAAAAUAGGGGAGCACGGGCAUGUUGCAUGGGUCGCAAAUGAAGAUAGGCAAAUAACUUGGUAUACAGACACGUGUUGGCAGCUGGCCUAUCAGCACGACUCGGCCGGGAACGGACUGCAGGGCUCCCUAGAAAUGCUGCGGUCCGCUGCGGAGAGUGGCCAUCGCGUGAAGCUGCUGAUUGGCGACAUGUCUGUUGAACCCGAUGAAGUGAGAAUCCGCGGUGCCCACGUAAACGCCAUAAUCCUCAGUAAAGUUUUGAAGGACAGCAGUAACAUCAAGGAGUUUGAUUCUGAGGGAGUGUGGGACUGGAGCAUAGUGACAACGACAGGGACGCAGACGACGCUGAGGCUGCGGGUGGGAGAGGCGAUUGAGACGACUGGCAGCCGCGUUACCACGACAACGGCGGUGACUUGGUUUAUAGACACGCGGCCCUGGCGGAAGGUCCUGGCUCACGACGAAUUCGGCACAGUAACUUCCGGUUCCAAGGCUGCGCUGACAGACGCUGUGAUGCAAGGUGCGAGAAUUAGAUACAUAAUGGGAAUUGACGAAAUCGGUUCAAUAACUAUUCAUAAAGCGGACAACAUUGACAUUAGUGGGGCGGACAUUGGCGCCAUGCAUGUUCGAUCUGUGAGUGUGGAGAAAACUCCUAGAUCUACAGCGGAGCUUCGCUUUAAAACGAAUCCUUAUUGGUGUUUCACCAUGGCCGUCACCACGGGUUUCGUGGACAUGUCCCGAUGGACGGUUGGGGAACAUACAGACAGAGGGCACACCAGUCGGACAUCUGCAAUCGAGUGGUUCGUCAACAAUUAAAGGGCAACUAUUCCUCGGAGUUCUACAAUUUCCAUUUCUUUCUUUUCUUUUAUUACGCUCAACACAUUAUGCAUGUGAAUAGAGGUAUGCAUUAUAUUAUAAUAUAAUAUAAUUAUAAUAUAUAAAACAACAAAUAAUGAACCAGGUUUUUGGGGUCAGAUGUUAAAGCAUUAUGUAUUUGAAUUUGAAAUGACAUAAGAUACACUUUACCAUAAUAAGUUAUAGCCGAACUACUCAUCUUUAGAAUAGUAGGUUAUAUUGCCAGGUGGGUUUCGCAAUGUUUUAAACACAAAAUAUAUUAAUUUGCUUGAGAGUAUUAGCUUUUCACAAACAUUCUCACACAUUAUCUUAUAGAAAGGUAUUAUAUUGGCAUCAUUUCUAUGAAUAGCUGGUAAAUAUUUUUCUUCUUUCAUUUGCAAAGUGUGUGCAUUUCAGAAAGUAAUGAAAUUCAUCGCCAGUGUCAUUACAGUUACAUACAGUACAUUUUUUCGGUCUUUUCUUUGAAUACCAUGCCAGCGACCCGUCUCAACGGGCAAAUAAUUAUUGCAAAGUCUGAAAUUUAUGAGCGGCUGGAUAAACAUUUCUGGAAUUAUACCAUAAAAAUCUUCAAACUUAUGAUUCGUUUUGUAAAUCCUAUAAUUGUAACACUCUGGAGACUCAUUUA